CUUUUGUUGUUUCUCGUGAUCUCGACUUAAUUUUUCUGUGUACUCGACAUCCAUCGUCCCGAAGUCAGUGGAGUUUUUAAUGUUUUUAUUUUUUUGUUAAAUGCCUGAAAUAAGGUCUGCGGUUAACACAAUCUCAAGAUAUGUUCAGGUUCUACACGAAGACAUAAAGUACAUCAGUAAUACCUCACUCAAGAUUUUUUUAAAGAUUUUACGGGUCUUGAAAAAGACGGUUGCUAACAAGUGGCUAAAUGGGACUACAGAGUUUGUCGGGGACAUUAAGCGUCAUCACGCCGAACAGGAAAACUCCUCUACUACAGCCUCGUUGUCUUUAUAUUCACGCUCUUAAAACUCCAACUUUCCAACUUGUAGAUUUAUCAAUUUAUAGUAUUUUCCAAUUGUAUUGUGUGUUAUUUUAAAUAAAGAUUGAAAGAGUUGUCGGAAGCUUGGUGACGUUUAGUCAUGUGACCGUAGUGUAGUUCGUUUGUAGCCUAACAUUAGCAGUUUACUUCUGGCAAUUGUAUUUAAGCUUCAAAAUUCAUAAAAGUUGUGUUCAUUUGUGAAGAUUGUCUUAAUGAACGAAAACAUGUAAGAAUCAUAAACUUUUGUCGGUCACAGAGUUUAUUUUCUGCAAUAAUACAAAAGCCAAUGGAAAAAAUCCUGUCUUUUUUGUGGAGGGAACCAGGGUGAUGCUAACUUCUGGGGUGGCCUACAAAAAUACCUCAUCCCUGCAGGAUUGACGACUUCCGCGUUAGUGUCCCACACUUGUGAAGGAGACACCCCUCUCUCUUAAUGCGGAGAUAAAGUCCAUCUCUACAGCAGGCAAUUUAUUACAUUUAUGCCAACGUGCAUGUAACACACCAGUCCCUUUCACAAAGCGCGAGAUUUUCUCGGGAUAAACUUACGUCUUGAGCAAACAACCUUUUGUUAUAUCGAGAUCACGAGAAAACAACAGAAUUGAUUAUUUAUUUAUUUUUAAAUAUUGCAUGGCCGCUUAGGGCUUCCGUAAUAUACGGUUUGUUUCAGUCUAACGACUUUUAAGUGUUUAAUUAUUUAUUUAUUUAAUCCACUAGUUUGCCUAUGAUUCUGCUUGACAUAUUAUGACAGACAUACGUGUGAUUAAGCUAGCAAAUUUAUAUGGCAUAUAAAACAAAUAAGUUUUACAUUUUUGGUGACGCUUUAUAACGCGAGUAUGUUGUCAUGUCGCGGGAAAUUCAGUUAACAGUGUCCCAAUGUGACGUGAGCCAGAGACCUUACCAGUGCUCGAACUCGUGUACAUGAUAUACUGAUUCAAUACCUACUGAACGAGCGAGCCGAUUGAGACAUACCCUAACCUAGACAUGUUUAUAUGUUUAUGGAGCAGCCUACCCCCAAGUCUCUGGUAGACUAUAAUGACUGUUGUAUCUUUGAUGGACAUAAAAAAAAUCUUUGAAAACUCAAAGAUUGCUUUCAAUGUUUAACCAUGUAUAAAAAAGAUGUCUUCCCCUCUGGCUCUUGGUUAUUUUAUUUGUAUUGUUUUCGUGAUACAUGUCUUGUUUGUUUGUUUUUAUUUUGUUUCAGUUGUUGUGAUUAAAUAAAAGAAUAAUAAUUUUUUUAAAAAAUACCCCAGACUGAGGUGGAGUUUUCUGUAGUUUUGCUGGGGGUAGGCGAGGAAUUACAAGUUGCAACCUAGCCUCGAACGCAGUAAAGGUGGGCGGUUACUGCUGAGCCUGUUAGGUUUCUUCGGUGUGGUCGCCAUUUUGUACGUUUAAACCAGUCCUGGACCGUCGUCGGCUAAUGAUCUUAUACGAAAACAGGUUUUAACAAGUCAUAUCCAUAUAAACUGGACCAUAACAGCUUGGAGACAACCCAGAAGAAGUUCACCUGGUGGAGACAUAUUAUCCAUAGCAGGGAAAUUCCAGAGGGCCUUGUAGCAGCACUUGAAGAGUUCCUGACCAGCAAGAGCAUUCCCUGGCCAUGACCAACAUGAGCAAUAAGGGAGAUGAUUGCUAUUUCUACUAUUAUUCAACAUGCACUAAGGGUGAUACUUGCCCUUUUCGACAUUGUGAGGCUGCCAUGGGAAAUGAGACCGUCUGCAGUCUUUGGCAGGAGAACCGGUGCUUUCGCAAUGUAUGUAAAUUCCGUCACAUGGAAAUAAAGAAAAACCGCAAAGAAAUUCCUUGUUACUGGGAAAAUCAGGCAGGUGGCUGCCAAAAGUUUCAUUGUGCUUUUCACCACGAGAAGCCACGUUUCAUUGAUGGCCAUUUUGUUGCCCCAGACAAAGGGCCUGUGGUGAGGAAGGAGAAAGAGGAAGAAACUCCACAGGACGAACAUCUUUCGUCUGCUUCUGCCAACAUUUCCAACACCACCAACCCGCAACUCAGAGGAGUCAUCAAGGUGGAGACUCAAGAGAGCGUCCCCAGUCCCACACACCCACCAGUAGUCAUUAAUCCUGUGGACGAUGAGGAUGAUGAAGAUGUAGAUCAGUUUUCUGAAGAGGGAGAGGAAGCUUCUGGUGUCUCUCCAAAGAAACUGCUGAGCGGUAGUAGAGAUGAGCCACUGAAUUUUGGUAUCAAAACACUGGAGGAGAUCAGGUUGGGGAAAGCUCUGAAGGCCAGUCAGACAAAACCAGGCCCUGAUGAUUUCACCUCAACAAAACAGCGUAGCAACGGAGCUGACACAGAGAAGGAAACCGUUCCGUCAGUUAAACGGGCAACAGUUGUCACUACCAGUGAGUGUCCUGCUUUGGAGGACUCUGGAAAAAAGAAAAUUACUGACAGGCUUGGAAAAAGAUUUGAUGAAGACAUGCUUGUAGAAGGUGGUCUACGGCUGAAAGGAUCCCUUGCUAAGCGCCUUGGUGGAUUUGUUGACUCCACUGAGGAUAAAAUCGAUAUGCCUCCCCUGAAAGUUACAUCUCCGAGACCAGUGCAUGAAAGACUUGGAAUAACUCCUGACAUCACUGCACCCAAGUCAAUAAACAGUGAGCCAGUACCUUCUGGUGAGAUCCGGAUCAAAACUCUUGAGGAGAUUCGUCAGGAAAAGGCUGCUAAAUCUCAGAUACAGUGCAAAGGAGUCAGAGUUGUCAACGAGGUACCCACAAAUGCGUUAACGUCCACCAAAAAAGUAAAGAAGCCUGUCAGUGGGCCAAGUGUAAAGUCUUUCUCAGAGAUCCUGCAUGAGAAAAAGAAACUCCAGGAGACAAAGGUGGUGCUUCAGCAAGGUAGUACUAACACUGAGAAAACCGAGGGCCCUAAAAAUACUGGAGUGAUCAAACUGACCGCCCAAGCAGCAGAGAUCAGAGUAAAGACGCUUGAAGAGAUUCGUAAAGAAAAAGCUGCCAGAAUGCAAGCAAAGCCUCAGGAAACCACAAGUGAUGCUGCACCUAGUUCAAGUGAUGCAGUGCCAAAAAGACAAAUUCUUUGCAUUGGCAAGACUGGAUCAGCUAUCAACACCAGAUCUCAAAAAGUGCAAGAUUCUGAGAAGGGGGAUUGCAGUGAAGAGUCCACUGUAACCAAUGGAAAGAGUGACGCCUCCAUUCAGGAUGUAACAGUAAAGAGCUUUGAAGAGAUCAUGCGAGAGAAAAGACUUCGCAAGCAACAGGAGCGGGCUGCAUCUGCUGUUGAGCCAGAGCAAGCUGCCCAGAAACCAAUCCCAGUGCUUUGCAAAAAGAAGCCUCCUGUGUUCAUCAGGCCAGGAAUAACCAUCCAAGCAAAUUCAUCCAUACAAGAAGUCAUUAGUCAUCAGGCCUCCUCUCCUGUCCCUUCUAUAGUACCCCAGAGGAAGUCUCCAGAAAUGCAGAACAAGGAGAAUUCUCUUACCACAAGUGUUAAGAAGUCCAAGUCAUCCACUUCAAUUGCACUUCCUAUGCAAGUGUCAGAGAUGGCAGAUUCUUUAGGCCAACAAUCACAGGAGCCACAUUGGAAGAAGAUGCAAGUAGUCACCAAGAUGCCCCCAAGCAAAGCAGCUGAAUUAAAAGUGAGGCCAAAACUGAAUGUAAAGCCAUCCGUGAUGAAGCCAGCUGCUCAGCUGAAUCCUGGUAAAAAAAGGACAGCUGCAGACAUUAAUUGCUCUGCUGUUGCUGCAGUGAAACCUCUUAACGCUGUCCCUGCUCCUGAUGUUGAACCACCAUGCAAGCGGGCUCAGUUGUCUGCACCAUCCUGCAGUUUAGAAGUUGAAGCCAGGGUGCAACAGGUGUCCUCUCUUGCUGAGCAGUGUUCACCUGAGCCCCUUUCUGUUCCACAAAGCCCCAUCAUCAGUACUCCCACACAAGCACGGCCACGUAGGGUAAGUGUGGCUUCUGCGCGUGGCACUGCUCCUGCAGGAAAUGCCUCCACAAUGGACGACUUUGAGGACUUGCUGGAUGAAUUUACUGAUGACAGACUAGAGGAUGAGAUUGAGCUGGACCCAGGCAAAGGCGAGGAUGACCUCUUGUUGGAGCUUUCAGAGAUGAUUGACAGCUAAGAUUGGUCUCAGGGAAUACUUGUUCUCUUUCACUGAAUUAGGUCAAGCCCUUUGUCCUUUAAAACAUUCUUGAUUUAUUGAGCUGAAGCCUUUCUUUGUCUUAAACAAAAAAUAUAUAUAUAUUUUUAAACAUGGAUCAAAGUAUGUUUUAGUUUUCUUUACUGUUGAGUAAAGGUAACUUUUGCCAUUUACUUUUCCGGUCUAUUUAUGACUUUUUAAAUGUUGCGUUUCUGCAUAUAUUCAGUAAAAUUCACUUCAAUAUAAAUGGCUGUUGUAAAGAUCUCAAAGAAAUUCAUUGAGCCAUUAAAUUAUAAUAUGCUGAUCAAUUAUUUGAUCACACUGUACAUUUGUGGCUUGUUUAUGGUAUCUGAUUUGUUGAAUAGUACAUAUAACUUGCCGCUAGUCAUGUAAUAUUAAUGCAGAAAGUGUUUAUUUGUAUACUGUGUAUGCUUUGGAGAAUUAAAUGAUAGAGGGCCAAGAAGGCAAGUGAUGUCUUAAUCAGUGCGCUCAUUCAUGUGAAUUAAUUUCCUAUUUGAAAUUGGAUUUGCUAAAUGUUUAUUGACUGUGGAUGGAUUAUAUUAUUUUAAUGAAAUGUUUGUGUCAUGUUGAAACGGGAUCUUGAAUUUAUGAAUUGAUGGUAUAGAUUUGUUUUCAGGAUUUGAACAUUUGUCAGGCCUACUAUAUGUUGUUGCUUGUAUUUUGCUCUACAUUAGGCUUAUUUUUGAACCAUUAUCCAUAUUUCCUGUCCAAGUAAUUAAUGAGAAAUUAUGUUCCCUUUUCAGUCUCUUUCAGUUUACUGUUUGUAAAGGUUCUCAGGGACUGAUUUAGCUUUCCAAAUGUUUUUACCCUUGUCCUUGUCUCUAUUGUUAGUAAUUGCUAUUUGACCUCAAGAUGACCGUUUAACCUAGGGUUUCAAAUAGGAUGAUCUAUUUGGCAUCUACAUCAUGGUUGGUGAAACAAGAGCAUAUGGCUUUAUUAAAACAUUUCUAUAAUUAAUUUUCUUUGA